UAUGAUUCAAAAUUCAAUAACUUGGGCGAUGAUUGUGCUUUGUUUAAUUGGGUUUUUUGCAUCGACAUGUUUUUCAAUUAUUGCCCCAUUUUUUCCCUAUGAAGCAGCUAAGAGAAAUGUUGAUCAAUUCUGGUCUAGUUCAAUAUUUGCAAUUUUCCCAGGAAUUCAAUUGAUUGCUACACCCCUAUUUGCAAUUUAUAUGGAUAAAGUAGGAAUUAAACGUUUAUACCUUAUAGGGAUUAUGUUAAAUGCAGUUUCAACCCUUUCCUUUGGGUUUUCAUCAAUGAUCUCUAAGACAAAAUCUCCAGUUUAUUUCAUAACAUUUACCAUACUUUUAAGAUUGAUGCAAGGUAUAGGAAAUUCUGCUUUCACAACAACAUCGUAUAUAAUCACCACUUUUCUUUAUCCUUUUAAAGUUGCAACUGCAUUUGGUAUAUUUCAAACAUCUGUUGGACUGGGCUUUGCUCUAGGACCCCCUAUUGGAGCAUUCUUAUUUACUGCUGGUGGAUAUUCUUGUCCUUUCCUGGUUUUAGGUGUAGUUUGCAUAAUAUUAUCAAUAAUAGCUAUAUUUAGCAUACCUACUAUAACAGAUGUAAAUGCUGGUGCAUCCUUGCCCCGUUCUACAACUCAAAAUACGGAAUCUACGUCGGAUGUUAUCGCUAGCGAUGAAUGUCUCGGCCUAGACGAGGAACACUGUUCGUUGAUAGAGGCGGAAGAGAGCGCUCAAAGAGAAGACGAUUCGACCACCCGUUCAAAUAUGAAGACCCUCAGACCCAACUCAUUGAUAAUCGCCAAAAACUCUACGAAUUUCGAUUUGUCUCGGAGUCAAUUUUCCGAUCUCCGCCAAACAAACGUCGUUUUGAACGUACUGUUUCUCGUGUUGGGCGCCAUUAAUUUGAGUUUCGUGGAUUCUAGCUUGGAGCUGCACGUUAGGAGCCUGAUCAAGGCCUAUUUGACACAAAAUGAUCAAGGGGGGAUAAAUAUUAACAUGAUCGUAGCCGGAAUAUUUUUUGCCCUUUCCGGGUCCUUCACCUUCUCAAGUCUCGUGAUGGGGGCCCUUGUCGAUAAAUACGUUUUAGGCUUCCAGAAAUUUAGCGAUAGAAUCCCGACUCCAAAUGGUAAAACUAGCGGACAUCGUAUUAUAAGAUUCUCACUUUUAGGCAUUUGCAUAAUCUCCAGUUUGGCAUUGCUAGUCACUUCCUCUCCUAUCCAUCCCUUCUCCCUCAAAUUUUUAUUUCCGCUUAACACCUCGUUAUCACCUAAGACCCCCUGUUUUUUAAAAAAGAACGGUACAGCCUCCUGGUCAAUCUCCCUGUGGACUCUCAUAUGGCCUCUUAUCGUGACGCAAACAGUGCUGGGUGCCAGCGUCGGGGCCCUGAUUGUCAUGACGUUUUCCGAUUUACUCCAUCGAGUCAGAUCACCGGUUAAAAGGCGUUACGAUUGGCUUUCCGCUAGCCGUAUAGCCGACGAUUAUAAGGGUACGGAUUUUACGAAUCGACUACCGGAAGGAGAUGGCGGAGAACAAGAGGCCGAUGAUGAUGAUAAGAAGGCAUCAUUGAUUCAAGAUGACGCCCUUACUAAUCGGGCUGUAACAAGGGCAACCGAUCAAAGCAGCAACAGUACCAUUUUGAAGGGUUACAAUCUGGUAUCGAGCCUUUUCACGUUCGGCUUUGCUUUGGGAGCCUUCCUGGGCCCCUUAAUCGGUGGGGAGAUCACCCGUUUAGCGAAUAUCGACGUCGAUCCUACCCCCGAAUUGCGACUAGAUCAGAUUACCUAUAAAGUCGCUUCGACGAAUAUUUUUAAAUGCUACAAAUUGUCCUACCAAAUCAUAUCCGGUUUAAAUUUCGCCGUUAUGACCGUUUGCGCAGUAAUUACGGCCUAUCAAAUUGGCAAAAAAACAGUUUAAAAUUUCAAAACAGAAAUAAUAAAAUUUUAAAAUCAUAAUAACAAUUGUAUUAUUUUAUAAUUUAUCUUAAAUAAGGCGAACAACUAAAUUUUUUCUUUCUUUCACACUUGGAAAAUUAUACUUUUAUAUUUAAAAAAAAUGAGAGAAUAACAUUAUCUUAUAGUCAUAAUAUUUGAUUAAUUAAUUAUAUAUCUCGUCAAUCUAAUAUAAAUAUAUGACAUAAACAAGAAUUUAUUUGAGAUAUUUAUUUUAUUAUAUUUUUUUAAACUUUUGCUAAAUAUUAUUUUUUUUAUUAUGAAUUGUCUAUUUUUUAUUGUCAUUUAUUUUAAAACAAAUAUAGUAUUAUUAUAAUUUUAAAUAUCUAAAUAUUAUUUAAAGAAAAAAUUUGGACCGAUUCACACAGCUGUGGUGUUAGGCAGCAUUUAGAUCGAAUUUAGAAACAAAAUGGAAUCCCGUUAUUUUGUCGGUCAUAUCGAUCCGGUCUACUAUUUUUGACAGAUUUUUAUUCCAUAUGAUUUUUCUGAACUUGAUCUGAAAUGCAAUCCACUACAUUUUUUUGAAAACUCUUUUUUUUUCACUAAUGUGUAGUGAGUGGUCUGUAUUGGUCCUUGAUGACAUUCAUUUUUUUAUAUCCGCUAAUUAGCGCCUGAAAGGCUUAUUAUUUAUACUUAAAACAAUUCAUUAUUUUAUAAAUACUUGUGACCUUCCUCAAACGGACCGGAAAUGUAACAAACAAAUUUUUUAAAUGGCGGAAGUAUUGUAGAUGUAUUUGUUUCGAGGAUCCUUAACUGAAAGGCGGGGCGCGUUUAUGGCGGUUUUUAUUAUAUAUAUAUAAUUAUCGUUUAUUUGCGUUCGUAGUAUUAUAUAUUUAUAAAUAAUCAUGUUUUAAAUUUUAUAAAUGUAUUCAAAAAAAUAAUCUUUUUUUUACUCAUUACAAAAAUUAUCCUCAUAAUCAAAUUAUAUGAAUUAUUUUUAGACGUAUACAAUAUUUCUUUAAAGACUAUUUUUUGAAGCAUAUUUUUUGCAUCCCUGUGAUUUCUCAAUUAUUGGCUUAUGUCACAAAUUGUUUUGUUUAAUUAUACUUAAUUAUAA